AUGACUGGAGGCAGCGUCGGGGGAUGGGAGAGCGAAGUUCACACCACCAACCCCAUCGACAUGUUUUUCAAGAAUUAUAUGGGACCCCUUGAUAGCUUGAACCCUGGCGAGGAGGAUCACGUCACUUUUGCUGCAACGCUAUUGCAUAUUUAUCACAGCGAGAGCCCGUGGGUGCUGUCGGAGAAAACGUUGGCUCACUGGCGCGAACUGCUCCUGAAGGAAGUUCACGGGGGCAACAGCAUGGCCGAUGAGCCUGGCUAUCGGAGACGAAACCCAUAUCCUCUACCAGACGAGACGAUGAAAAACUACCUGCGGGAUCAAAUGAAGUGCUGCAAAGAAAUCUCUCCGGCGCUUACCUUAUUCGAUCCGACUGAGCUUAGGCAUGAAAACGACGACACUGUUUCCAGCCAGACCCUGGAUCUUCUGCUCGGGAUUGCUGGCUUCCGACCCGAUAAACUCUUACUUGACCCAGAAAAAAGCAGAGUAGAUGUGAUUCAAUCAUUGAAGCAGCAUAUACAGGUGACAGAAUACCCUUGUGGGUAUGAAGUUGAUGUGCAUCUCUGUAUCGAGCCAUGGGCAGCGCUGCCGGCCACGAGCGACCAGGGUUUUAUCAACGCCAUUUCCGCAGUAAUUGCUCUUUUCAAUAGAAUCGAAAUGAGCAUUCGGAAACUUCAGAGCUCAGGAGAGCUUGGGAAUGAGCUGGUUUACUUCUGUCGCCGAGAUAUGCCAAGGCUCAGCUUACCCACCACCGCCAGCAGUAAAGCUGCUGCUAGCAACAGUUUGGUUGAAGCGCGCUCAAUUCAUGUUCAUGAGAUUCUGCUUCUCUCUGAAAACAUCAGAAAUCUCAAAAAACUCUUUCAGCAGGAACAAAGGGCGUGGUCAUGGUCUUCAGCUGUUGGCAAAAUCAUUGACCACGCAGCUUUCGUGCUUACUGCUCCCAUUUCUGUGUUACCGUUCCUGGCUACCAGUGCGGGGAUAAAUUGGUGGAAAUCAGCCCACAUUCCAGGACUGACGGUUACAAAUUUCACCGACGGCGUGUCAACUCUGGCACAGAAGCUACGCGACCAGCUACACGCAGUAGCCCUUACCGGGCAAACCCUGAGCCUGAUUAUACAAGGACAAUUGAGAGGUUGGGAAGCGCCGUUCGAGCUGGAUGAGUUCAUCGAUCGGCCAAUUUCGAGCUUUCAUCUCAGGGGCGUGCACGGGCAAGGGGUGUCAGUUCAUGCUCUCGCGCAAUGCACUGCGGUUUCUCCAGAGCGACAAUUCGUAGUUUUUCAAACAGAACAAACACAUAUCCAAGAUGCCGAGAAUCUAUGUCUGACGCCGUCACUUGCCUUGCAGCUGUGGAAGGCUCCCUUCCUACUACAAACGAACGAGGAUAUUCAAGGCAUUGUGAGUACCUCAUGUAUUUCAAUUUGCAUGGGGGACGGACAGCUCUCCCAGCAGUACAAGGGACAUGAGUCAGAUGACUCAGUGCCGUGGCAGUGGCAGAGCUUAGCAGAGUCCACGAUUCUUUCCGGCACCAAUUCAGACAAACAGCAGCCUGUGCUGGGAGCGGGUCUGCACGAAAGAAUUAUAGUCGUGCCGAACGACGAAAAAUACAACAGUGGAGAAGUACCAGAAACAGAGUACAUCGAGCUCACUGCCCCCACGCCUGGCACGUCAAACACGAUCCAACAGACCCACGCAGAUGCAGAGAGAAUGCAGCUGCCAGUUAUAAGCACAACUAUAUCAGAAAAUUCAAACACCUCCUUCACCUCAGCUACUAUGGCCAGUGGCAGCGGCAGUGGCGACCGCAGAGAUGCGAAUGAUGCUACGAACCAGGAAGGGGUCAAUCCUCCUGCUGGCGGUUGCGUAUGGGAGCAUCCCAAAGCAGUGGACGAAAUGAAAGAUCGGCUCGGAAAAAACUAUGUAACGGACUGGAGGACUCUAGGGGGCUCAAUGAAGCUCGAAAGCUUCAAUUUCGCGGUGAUUGCGCGGGGAUUGUUGCUCGACUCACAGCUUUCGGCAACGUACAAGAGGGGGAAGUCCAUUCCACAUCGUCAACAAGACACAAGGCGCACAGAGAUCAUAUAUCAGCUUGAAAACAACUCUUGCGUUCUGCUAAGCCUACAUACUGGAGUUCUCAGGCGAGUUCGUCUGCGCAAGGCUGUCGCAUAUUUCGCAGAUAAGGGAUACGUACACGGCAAAAUGACGACCGACGAAAAGGACGAAAUUGUGUCGUUUCUGCAUUCAAACAAACCUGUCGCGGAAUGGAAAAAUCAAACGAAAAAAGAAAUCGUCGAUAAACUCGACAACAUCACGGCUCUUGUCUUUUGGGGGCUGGGAUCCAGCAGUGGGGUUCGGUGGCGCAAGGGCAUGUACUUUCACUGGCCUGGUCCCGUGUUCUACGUCGCAAUUCGAAAGUCAUCACUGCCUGGGUGGAUAAAGAAGUAUUUCGCAAACUAUCAUGUGCUUGACGAGACACCCAAUUCUGGCGACAAUAGCGUUUGUGUGGUCGGGUCGGGCGACGACUUCGAAAGGGCUAUGAAAUGGACAAAAUUUUGCGAAGCAGCGCAUUUUUUGGCCAUGAUGACAGAUGCGAUUCUGCUUUCAGUUGCAUUACCAGAUUUUAUCCAACAGAUAGCGACGGACAGCGGGCGCUCGUAA